AUGUACAACGAAGCCAACCACAUCUUAUGGGUGACGAACACCUCCUUCAAGGACGGCAUCACAUUCAAACGACUCGUGGGGCCACGAAGCCUCAUUCAGAAGCGUACGCUGAAGAAGCUUCGCAUUCAAAUGGAUGAGGCCAUGGACGAGCACAAGUUUGGGACUAGUUCUUUCAACAUGGCCAUCAUCCAAUCUCUUCAGGGCCUCCGGCAUCUAAGAUUACACACCGAUUAUGGUUUGGCAUUGGAGGACUAUGACCUUCUGAAGAAUCGGUUUACUAGUCUCUACUGUACUAGCUACGUCGAAAGCCUAGAGAAGAUUGCGAACCUGCCAUUGACCAGCGUCGAGGUUGUUGUCAAGAACCCGGCUUGCACAGAGCGCAAAAAUCGCUAUGAAAAUCAGUGGUUGAAAGGAGAGAGAAGAGAAGCAAUGGCGAAUCUCGCCGAGAUAGAUCCUUCCAUGACACCCACGUUCAAUCCUCCUCCAGGACAGCAGCCCAACUUUACAGACUCUCCUUCGUCACAGAAUUGGCUGGUGGCAACAGGCAUACUGUGCCUGGCUUUUGCAAUUGUUUUCAUAUGCGCGCGAACUUUUGUGAAGACGUACAUCAUCAAGAAGACACAAAUAGAAGAUUCUCAGCAACAUAGUCGAGAUCCUCUACGGCCCCGCAAUGUUCCCAGCCAAACUCUGCGUCCUGAUGCAGAUGCUGCGAAUCUUCCGCGGCACAAAGAAAGAUGCCGUCUACUGGGCCAUCUCAUCCUGGUCUGGUCGAAUUUCGUCUUCUACGUCACAGUGACCUUCUGUUUCAUCUUCGCCUGCGUACCGAGAGCCCAGCUCUCGAAUCCGAUGUUGUCGGGGACAUGCGUGACAACAAUGGAUCCAUACAUAUUGGCGACGUCUGCAAUUAACAUUGCAAGCGAUUUCUCGAUACUUUUCCUGCCAGUCUUUGCGGUCUGGAAGCUGCAGAUAGCGUUGAAGAGGAAAAUGACCAUUUCCGCCGUAUUUGGUACCGGGCUUUUUGCCUGCAUCUCGAGCAUCAUCCGCUUGGUCUACAGCGUCCACCUCACUCUGGCAACAGACAGGACCCGGGCCAUGGAGCCAGUCUUCAUGUGGGCGUUUGCGGAAUUCACAACCGUGAUCCUCGCAGGUGCCAUCCCUACAACCCCGCGCUUGAUUCAAUGGCUGCGCGGGCAUAAAGACUCCCCCCCUUACGUACAAGCGUACCAAAAGCCUUCGAAACCUUCUUAUGUCACGAUCAGCAAUGGGUUGGCUGAUGUGGAGGCUGAAUAUCCAGGGAGGGGAAUGAAUAUUGUGAAGGCGACACGGAAGAGCUAUAUACCGCUGGAGAAAGACGUGGGGCGGAUGAGCUGGGAAUACGAAGCUGAGGCUGAGCAGGACAUCUUUGGGAAGGGCCCGUCUGCGCAGCAGAAGAGUGGGUGGGAGGCGAGAGAGGAGAUGGGCGAUGGGUUGUUGAGGCCUGUGAAGAUGCAGACCUGCUAUAUCCCUUGA